AGGCGCGCGGUUUGCGCUCGUUGGAAGCGGGGCGGCCGGGGAAGCCUCGGUGAGGGAGCCGCGGGGUUGCUGCGGGCCUGUGUUGGGCGGCGUUGUCGGGGGUCUGUCUGGCCUGCAGAGAGGAAGGUGGUGGUGGGGAAUCAUUUAAGUUGCAUAUAAGCCCAACUGCAUUACGAUGGAGGAAUAUGAGAAAUUCUGCAAGAAGCACCUGGCUAGAAUUCAAGGAGAGUUUAUGGGGAAUGCAAUGUCCCCCGUCGUUCAGUGCAGAAAUCUAUCCCUUAUUCGAUUUAAUGGAGUCCCCGUGCUUUCUCCUCUGCUGACUGUGGAGAAGAAGAAAGAACUUCAGCAAGACAGACAGAAGGCUCUGGAUCUGGAACGCUGGCGACAGAAUUCCAAGCAGAGGCUUUUGCUGACCCGGGUUGAGGAAAUAGUUGCUAACGUACAGAUGAAAAAGACGUCCGUCCAAAGCGAUUUAGACCAGUCCGAGAAAGAGAACAUUCAUUUGGAUUUAGAAUCAGAAGCGGUGAACGGCUCUGCGACAGAACCACCCAGCGCUUUGCCAAAUUCUACUGCUUUCGAUGAGCACCAAGAACCUGAAAAGGCCCCAGGCGUUAAAACAACGGACACCCAGGGUGCAGCCAUCAGGAACCCUUUGGAAGCAACGGAACAAUUUAUCCCUCCUAAUCCCACGGAAACGUCCAGUAGUCCUUUAGAAAAGAGAAUCGGCUCAGAAGGGCCGUUUCCCAGCCUUCCAAGCACGCCUCCUUCAAACGAGGUGGCCAAGAAAGAGUCCACUGACUCCGGGCUAGGGGCUGGGGACAGUCCCGACCCAUACGUCAUGAGCCUUCAGAACCUCUUAAAAAAAUCCAGGGAGUACAUUCAGAGAGAACAAACGCGUCGCAGCCUGCGAAACAGUUCCAAGAGGAGCGGCAGCGGAAGCCACCCAGAUAAAGAAAACAGCACCCUGAAAACGAACGAGUUGGCGAAAGAGAGAGGGAAAUUGACGGGCAGGAACACUCCAGUUCCAACCCCGGAGAAGUCUGGUCUUCUCAAGUCCGGUGCGCCUCAACCUUCUUCAACCUCUAAAAACCAAGCCGGCGUAAUGACCUCUCCCAGUUUUUCUAAAGUCGAUAUCCCGAUGAGGUGCGGGACGCCUCCCGUGUUGGACUCGGAUUCGGAUGAAGAAUUCAAAAACCUCUCCCUUUUCGGGAAGGACAGCAUUCUCCGGAGCUUCACGGGGUCUUACUCGAAACUUCCCAGUCCGGAGUCAAGCCUGAGCCCCAGGAUGCACCGGAGGCGCCCAAGGCCCUCUUCCGUAGGGCACAUCGUCAUCACCAACCCCGUCAACGCUUACGAGUUGAGUCCCAAAGCGAAGAUAAGAGCUGCGGACUCGAUCGUCUGGGAGGCCGGAGGGAGACCUGCGGCCUCCAAUCCUGUGCCAAACCUCACCGCCGAUCUUGCCCCCGCGUGUCCCCACAAAGCUCAGGCGUUUGACAAGAGCUCUUCCGAUAUCUUCAAUGAACUCGUCGUGGGCAAACCCAACGAGGCGUGUCCACUUCCGGCCCAUCAGCAAGAAGGCGGGAGCUUCCUGGCUCCUCCCACUGUAGAAGGAGAGUCGAUGUUAGAAAAUGGAGCGGCAUCGAGCAGUUCCCUUGCAAAUCUCAGCCCCCCGGAGCUGCAGAAUGGGAGUGGUGCCUUGUUGACCCAGAACCAAGCCAAGACCGACAGCCCGCCAGACAAAGUCAAGGGCAGCGUGGUCACGGAACUCAACAAAUCCUACGAUGUCCAGCACCCGUCGCCCUUGCUGAUGAUGCAGAUGAUGCAGAGCAAGCCGCCUCUGGAUACCCCGGAAGUGAGCUUUGGAAACGAGCGGCAGCUGUUAGAAAACGGGUUGGAAAAGGUGAAACGUAGGCUUGAGCUGGAGGUGGAUGCCGUGCAGAAGGAGAACACGCCGUGGGUUGCGUCUGCGGAAGCCGACCCGCCAGAGAGGCGACGGCCGCACGAUCAGAGGUACCCUGGUAGAGCUGGGCUCGAGGCCAAGAACGAAACACCGCCACAAUGCCUCAGAGAAGAGGAUGCCUUAAGGCAGAAGAUGCAGGCGCUUGCAGAGCUGAGGCAGAAGCUGGAAGAGCAACAUGCCCAGCAAUUGUCGUUGUUGAUAGCAGAACAGGAACGGGAACAGGAGAGGCUCCAGAAGGAGAUUGAAGAGCAGGCGCGGAGAUUAAAAGAGGAAAAAAACGCCACUGAAAGUGGGAUCCCUCCGAUUAAAAUCCGCAGCGGCGUCGCUCUGGAGUGGAGGAAAAUCACGGAUGCUAACCUGCUGGAGUCCGUGCUGAAUCGAGUGGAGGCUGCCCAUGGCCCCCACUUGGAGAAUGAAGGUUUUGUGAACGCCGAAUCUCCAUUCUACCUCUGGGAGCAGCCAGCAAGCGGGAAACCGGUUUCGGCAUCCAGGUCUAUUAGCCGGAGUAAAAUGAGGUGGUCACAGGUGUACAGCCCUGCCAUGAAAAGGAGAUUCAACAAGAUCUCUGCUCUCGCCAAGGGAUUUUUAACCAGGAGACUCUUGCAGACAGAGAAGCUAAAGCAUCUCAGGCAAACGGUCCACGAUACAAUGGAGUUCAUCAAAAACUUCCAAUCCGAAGCUCUGUCGAAGAGAGGAAACCUCCCCACUCAAGACGCCAAUCUCCAAGAGAGAGUGGUCGCUCAGCUGCAGGCUGCCUUGUAUGACAUUCAUGAUAUUUUCUUCAAAAUGGAAGCGUCGGAAAGGAUGAGCAUCCUGCGCCAAGACCGAGAAAUCCUCAAGGAGAAAAUGCUUCGGCAGCUGGAUAAAGCCAAGGCCCCCAGAGUAACGCUUUCUACGGCGACGCAGAAGUCUCUGGAUAGAAAGAAGUCUACAAAGGCUGCUGAAAUGGGAGUCUCAAAUAAAAAAUCAAUUGGGAAGCCGAAGAUCUUCGAAAACAGAGUUCUUCAGCCCAACCAAGGUCAAAACGCUCCUAUCCAGCGGCUGCUUUCCAGACAAGGACCCUCUAAGGCCUCAGUGAAAGGGGCUGAGCCCAAUAGAAAGAAACCCCCAGACCACAGAGGGCCUAGCAAGGCCUUUUCAGGAGCAUCUGCCAGAAGAAUCCCAAGAAAGAAGCCAAAUGUUGCGACAACCUAAGGCGGCAGCAUUCCCUCGGCUAAGGAAGUGGCUUAAGCAUUGUCUUUCAGUGUUCUCCAGAUGCUCCUUCAAGGAACACGGGUCGAGGAGAGGUCUGUGCGUGGUCGUGUUCAAGAGACUUAGAAGACUCUGGAACGGAAAUGAAGGAAUGAAGGCGAAGGGAAUACGAAUGUGAAUAUGAAAGCAACUCUUCCAUUUGAGUUCUGGGUUUUGUGCUUUGCUUACUCCCUCGAGUAGAUAUUUUCAAGGGGAUUCUUCAAGCAACCUUCUAAACCAGGGCUGCAUUUUUCAAUUGUGCAAUAAAUAACCCCGAAGUGUGAUUGCUUUAGACGUCCUGCAUUCCUGCUUCCCUCUGUCAUGCUUUGGGGUGGGAUGGGGGGUUCAAAGCACUUCUGAAAAGGAAAUUUUGCUCUUGGCUCUCUGGAUCGUUUCCAAAAAUGGCUGCACUUUUGGGUUACACAAAUCUUCUCUUGGCCACUUCAGUCCUCUGGAAAUCAGGAGGGUCAUAACGUUGAACAUAUGCUUCUUUAAGGCAGGGGUCUCCAAUCUUGGCGACUUUUAAG